ACAACUCCAUGUGUUAAUAUGCACCAAAAAACCAAAAUCACUAAGAUGGGUUCCUUAUCCUUUCUAGUGCUGUUUAUUGCUGCCCUUAUCCUAAUUCCUAAAGGGCUUGCUGAUUAUUACAAACCUCCUGAGAAGCCUUAUAAGCCACCUGUUUACAAGCCACCAGUGUACAAGCCACCAGUUUAUAAGCCACCUGUUUAUAAGCCACCAGUUGAGAAGCCACCAGUGUAUAAGCCACCUGUUUACAAGCCACCAUAUAAGAAGCCACCAUACAAGAAGCCACCUUAUGGUAAGUACCCUCCAACUGAAGACAACACCCUUCCCUAAAUCAUGCAGUGAGGCUUGUUAUGUAUCUACUAAAUAAGAGCAAUGCAUCUUCUUGGCAUAAGCAUUUCAACCCUUUGUACAAUGCUAUAUAUGGCAAAGUCAAAAGCAUCUUAGAUAUGUGUCCUAUGAAUGUAACAAAACAAGAGAAAAAGGGUGCAUGUACUCCAAAUCAUAAAUAAAACAACUUUUAUAUGAA